AUGGAUGAAUGGGUGCUGGAAAGAAAGAGAAGCAACAAUAUUUCUCAAAUUUCAAGUAACGAUCCUCAGAAUAGUGAAAACGAUUCAUUGUCAUCGUUGGUUUUAAAAGAAGUUCGCAAUCUCGGACAUUUUACUCCAAAUGAUUUCUAUGGCUCUGGUGGUCAACAAAAUCGUCAACAACGUUUACAAUAUCAAAAAUCUCAAAAUUCUUUACCCAACAGCAAUAAUAAUAAUGAUAAUGGUUCAACAUCGCCGUCUUCAACUACAUUAUUAACGCCAAAGUCUUCAUCCUCUUCAUCCAUUACAAACGUUAAUGUCGAUGAGGAAGAAGAUCAUGACGUUUCGGAUUUUUGGCAAGAUGUUUAUCGGCCUUCCAGUGGAAAUCGUAUGGAUAUUCUCGAGCUUAGUAGACAAAGAUUAUCUGUUGUCGAUUCAAUUAUAUCAGUCUCAGAAACUUAUUUAGAGUCAACUUCAAAUAUUGCCAAUAAAAAAAUUUAUAGGCCUCGUCCUAACGAAGACUAUUAUUCCGUUAGCAAAGACAACAAACAAGAGUAUGAUAAUAAAUUAUCUCCAACUUUUGAAGAAAGUUUGCAUAAACGUUCAAGAUCUCUUGUGAAACCAGAACGUGCUCGUUACUAUAACAAUCGUCGUAUAAGUAGGGCUUUUGAACCAAAAGAUGCUGAAAAUAUAACUAUAGGUUCUAUAAAAAAUCCCAAAGGUUUGAAAAAAUGGCGUAGAGGUGAAUGUCCGUCUGCAUGGGCAAUAUUCUCAAGAUGCGCAACCUUCUAUGCUCCUUCAUCUUUACUUUCAUUUUUUGGCAUGCGAGAUGAAAUGGUUCGACAAGCAUGGCGUGAAAAAAUAGCACUUGUAACGAUAAUAAUAAUUUUAUGUUCUGUGGUCGGUUUCAUAACUUUUGGCCUUGGCCAAAUAUUUUGUGGCGCGGAACCGCAAAGAUUGGGCGUUGAUUCUCUUGAGUCAGGCCAUGGUAUCAUUCUAGGAAGAUUAUUUGAUAUUUCGGAAUUUUCCCAUCCUGCUGUUGAUGGGCUGUUUACUUCUUAUCCCGGAAAUCUAUUAGGUGUUAAUGGCAAUGAUCUAACAUUUUUGUUUCAAGCUAUAAAUAGCGAGUGUAAAAAUGUUUUGAUUCCAAAAGUACCUGAUGAUGAUUUUGGAAAUGUCUUCAAUUAUUUUCCUUGCGUUGCAAUUAAUGGUGACUCUACCCCGGAUCCUUCCAUCGUUAACAUGAAGAACUGUCACAAUAAUGCUUCAUCUAGAACCUUAUUGAGUAGUCUUAAUUAUGUCGGUGACGUCUUUUUUGAUUGGACUGAUGUAGAAGCACCCGAACACAAUUAUGUGGUUAGUAAUGGUCAAGUUCUUGAUUUGGACAAAUUAAAAUGGUUGGUGCCAAAUAUAAUAGUUCCGCCUGAACUUCAACAACUGAUUGAAACUAAACACAAUGCUCGCGGUCGUGACGUUACCUAUUCCUUACAACAAAAUCAAAAAACAAUUAAAUUAUCAAAAUGUCUGCAACAAAUCAUUCGUGUGGGUGUGGUUGAUUUCAGUUCGAUAGGCUGUGUGAUUACUAAAACGAUAACAUAUGUUGCAUUGGUUGUGAUUAUUGGUGUGGUCCUAGUGAGAUUUGCUAUGGCAGUUUUGUUUGGAUGGAUCGUUAGUUGGAAACUUGGUAGUUUUCGUGAAGAUAAUAGUUCUAAGCAUAGUUCAGUGGGGUCUCUUAAUCAUAUAAAACAAUUGAAUCAGAAAUCGUCAUCGAAAACACCAUAUAACAGUAAUAAUAAAAGCAAACAAAAAUCAAGUUUUGGAGUUGCAUCGAAUAAUUUUUCAUCAUCAGUUGAUAGUGAUAGUAACCCGGAUCAACAACGUAAUUCUAUAUCGUCGAUAUCAUCAUCCGCCGGUCAAUCAUCAGUUCCCAACGUCAUCACACAAGAACCAGAGCAACGAUAUAAUUUUCCUUUAAUGCACACAAUCUUGUUGGUCACAUGUUACUCCGAGGGUCCAAUUGGUCUAAGGACAACUUUGAACUCAUUGGCCAAUACCGAUUAUCCAAAUUCACAUAAAUUGCUUAUGGUGAUUGCCGAUGGGAUAAUUUUUGGUUCAGGGAAUGAGAGAUCAACUCCGGACAUAGUUUUAUCAUUAAUGUCGGACUUUGUUGUCGAUCCGAAUGAUGUCGUAGCACAUUCUUAUGUCGCAAUUGCAGAUGGUAAAAAAAGACAUAAUAUGGCCAAAGUUUAUGCUGGUUAUUAUAAAUAUCGAGAUGGAAAAAAUCCAUCAAAAUCUCGACGCAUUCCAAUGGUGACAAUAGUUAAAUGUGGUGGUCCUGAUGAACAUGACGACAAAAAACCUGGGAAUCGUGGAAAACGUGACACGCAAAUUAUUUUAAUGAGUUUCUUACAAAAAGUUAUGUUUGAUGAAAGAAUGACACCGUUAGAAUAUGAAUUUUUUAAUGCUAUUUGGACUGUUAGCGGUGUUACUCCUGAUUUCUUUGAAACUGUUCUUAUGGUUGAUGCAGACACCAAGAUAUAUCCAGAUUCACUAACACGUAUGAUAUCCUGUUUUUCACGUGACUCAUCGAUAAUGGGUCUCUGUGGCGAAACAAAAAUAGCAAAUAAAACCGAUACAUGGAUUACUAGAAUUCAAGUCUUCGAAUAUUACAUUUCGCAUCAUUUGCAAAAAGCUUUUGAAUCGAUUUUUGGUGGCGUGACAUGUUUACCAGGUUGUUUUUGUAUGUAUAGAAUCAAAGCACCAAAAGGAAUUGAUGGAUACUGGGUUCCGAUACUUGCCAACCCUGAUAUAGUGGAACAAUACUCGGAGAAUGUAGUGAACACGCUUCACAAAAAGAAUUUAUUGCUACUUGGUGAAGAUAGAUUUUUGACAACAUUGAUGCUUAGAACAUUUCCGAAACGAAAAUUGAUAUUUGUUCCACAGGCUAUAUGUAAAACAAUUGUCCCCGACUCAUUCAUUGUGCUCAGGUCUCAACGUCGUCGAUGGAUCAAUUCCACUGUGCAUAAUCUACUAGAACUAGUGCUUAUUCCUGAUUUGUGUGGAACGUUUUGUUUUUCAAUGCAAUUUGUCAUUUUCAUGGAGUUGAUAGGCACUGUGGUACUUCCAGCUGCAAUCACAUUCACCGUCUACCUAGUGAUCAUCUCGAUGGUUCAGGGCCCAGUCCAAGUUAUCCCAUUGAUGUUGUUGGCAGCAGUUUUAGGAUUGCCAGCAUUACUUAUUCUACUUACAUCACGUAAAAUUGUGUAUGUUGGAUGGAUGGCUAUUUAUUUGUUAUCAUUGCCAAUAUGGAAUUUCAUAUUGCCACUGUAUGCAUUUUGGCAUUUUGAUGACUUCUCAUGGGGCCAGACACGUAUUGUAGAGGGCGAGGAAAGCGGUAUAGAUCAUUCGAGAAAAGACGGUGUGUUUGACAGUACAAAGAUUGUGAUGAAGAAAUGGUCGGAAUGGGAGCGUGAGAAACGGAUCAGGGCUCGUAAUUUACAGAAAAAGCAAAUACAAAAACAAUUGCAGUCACAACAUCAUCAUUCGACAAUGCCAAUUCUAAAGAAUAACCACAGUGAAAGUUCUUCUUUUACAAUGUAUUCACCAGCACAGUCGUUUCAAGUGUUGCCACAAAAGCAAUUAUCUCUACAAUCCUUAGAAUCAUCGUAUUCUUUACCAAAUCAUUUAUCACAACAACAUUCUUCUAUAAAUUCACCACUUCCACGUACUAAUUUUAAAACAUUACCAACUAAAUCUAAUUCUAUGGAUUUGCCGGACUCAACGUUAAGACCUUCGAAAUCUAUAAAAAAUAGGUCUUUUACUGCAGACACCUAUUAUCAAAGCGAACAUCAUAAUCCAAGACAUUAUCAAAGUUAUGGCACUAAUCCUAAUCCUAAUAACACUAACACUAAUACUAACAAUACUAACAAUACUACUAAUACUAAUAAUGGUAGUAGUAAAUCAUAA